AUGGCUUCCAUCAUUUUUUGGAAUUGUAGGGGGGCUAGGAAGAAGGAGGCCUCCCUAUAUCUUAGACAGAUUGUGAAAGACAAUAAAGGUUUUUUUGUUGGUUUAACUGAAACAAAAAUGUCUUCUCUUGAUAGGAAUGACAUAAAUCAGAUUAUUGGUAAUGAUUGGGAUUAUUUUCAUCAUCCAUCGAUUGGCAUUUCGGGUGGAAUCUUAGUGAUGUGGAAAAAGGAGAUUGCUUCUUUUGAAGUCAUGGAUCAUUCUUCCCAAAUGAUUAUGGGAAAUCUUAGCGUCAAUGCUCUGGGUAAAUGGAAAAUUGCAACGGUCUAUGGAGGUAAGGAUGCUCAUACUCGUAAAUCCCUUUGGCAACAGCUUGAAAGUUGUAUGAUUGGUGAUGAUCCAGGUAUCAUAGUGGGUGAUUUCAAUUGCAUCCUCUCCAAGGAGGAUAAGAAGGGUGGAAAGAGGUUUCAUCUUUCUAGUGGUUAUAAAGAUAUGAAGAUGUUUUUAGUGAAUAAUGAUUUCCAUGAUAUUGGAUUUGUGGGUCCAAGUUAUACAUUGUGUAAUAAUAAAGAAGGAACAUCUAGAAUAUGGGAGAGACUUGAUAGAUGUUUAUUAAAUUCUGCAACCCUUCAAAACAUCCCAAUGGCUAAGGAUAUCUUGCAACUUCAGAUUGAAGAGACCAGUGAAGGAAGCAUAAUGGCUGAGAAGUUGAAAGCUUUGAGAUGUAAAGUCCAUGAUCUCAAUGUGACUUUGAAAAGGCCAUCUACUUGGUGGAAUCACAGAGCAAAGAUCAGAUGA